AUGGUCCGCUUCCCUUGCACAGCUCGGUUGGAGGUGGAAAGGAAAUUUACCGCUCUCAAAUGCUCUCCGCUACGAAUCGAUGGCGGCCACCCCCCUUUCUCGAGCCUGAAGGAUCUCGGCCUCCAGAGAUUUCGCGACAUCUACUAUGACUCGGACGCACGACUGUCGAAAGCAGGGACAUAUGUACGGCAACGCAACGGGCUGUGGCAGAUGAAGGUCAAAAGGGGCGGGACAUUUGUCAACUCCCGAUCUCAAGAGCUGUCGGAUCCGGACAUCAUCUCCAGCCACGUCAAGUCGCUCACGGGACGGGACAGCGCUGUGGGUGACGUCUUCGGACUCACGCGCUGGGCCGACUUCACCACCAUUCGCCAAACGUGGGAAGCAGACCACGAGUUCAAGAUUGUGCUGGACCAGACCGACUUUGGGCACUCGGUGGGCGAAGUGGAGCUCGAAACCGAGAUGUUCAUCCGGGACCAGGACCAGGCACGACACGUGACGCUGGCCAUGGACGACCGAAUCGACUGUUUCUUCCGCCGGUACGCAUGGGCAUUUCUGGUCGAUCGGCCGGUCGGGAAGCUGACAGCUUACUUCGAACACCAUGCUCCAGAGCGGGCUUGA